AUGUCUUCGCCGAAACCACACUGGUUCGCCCCCUCGUCGAUCCCGCCGAUCCUUCUGCUCACCGUCGUAACAUCGUUCGCAUUCAACCAUGCUAUGAUCACCACACAGCGCAAAGCCGAUGUUCGCACACACCGUGUCCACACAGCUCUGCUUGACGACACGAUCGACUUCAAUUCUCGCGUAUUAUUCUACCUGAAUCCUCCGUGUGGACCCUCGACAAACUCUUUCUUGUCCAGGUUUCAUCCUCGGCCCUUGUCCACAAAACCAUCGGUAACGCAAGAACCCGAGUGGAUUCAGGAACAACAUGCAGCGCUAGCGAGACGGUGGAAAUCGCUCGGGCUCAACCCACACGAGUACCUUGCAUCCACAACAACACCAAGGCAGUCAAUUUCCUAUUCAGUAAUUCCAGAAGUCGUAGGUCCGAAACAAGUCUCUUGGUCAGAAAUCUUCCUAGGCGACCCACAGACACGCUCAAGCUUAACACAACGUUGGCACAAAGUCACUGCUGGCAUCAAGGAAAGCUUUGCUACGCUCAACCCCGCAUCUACCACCACAUCCACACACGCGCAAGCGCAGCUAUCAGAUCAAGAGCACGACGAACUCCAACAGCUUUCCCAACUCUGGUCGGAUCUGCAAAAAUCGUCCUAA